ACUCGCCUUCCAAAGGCUUUGACAGCAUGCUCAAAUUCCCACCUUUUGAAAUCACCAAAAGAUAACAAAGGUGUACUCUCAGAUCCUCCUCACCCAUAAUACCAUUCACUAGUCUCCCCCAUCCCCCAUCUGCUCUUCCACUUGCUUGUCCUUCCCGCCGUUUGACCGGUCUGAGCAUGGAGCCGUGGGAGUCGGAGACCGAGCUUGGAUCAGACGAAUCCGGCAGCGACGACGAGACCACACCACCAUCUGGAGCCGGAGCAGUUGUUGCUCAGAGCUCCGAGACAAUGGGUUCCAAGAAGUGGAAGAAUGAAUUCUUCGAAAAGCUCGGCAACAUCAAAACCUUUGGUGAUUUCGCUUGCUCUACUCGUUACCCUCAGCACAUUAAUCCAGGCCUCGAAGUCGCGGGCUCACUGAUACCUCUUCCUCUGGUGGAACGCGACGCGAGCACGAUCAAGAGCAAAAGUGAACAAGCUCCGUUUGGACGCGGUGACGACACGGUUGUCGAUGAAUCCGUGAGAAAGACAUGGCAGCUAGACGCGGGCCGCUUCCGCUGUUCGAAUCCGGCCUGGGCUGCUUUCCUCGACACCGUCCUACGCGAGACUGUGCAGAAACUUGGCAUGCCAAAGAGCGUCCGAGCUGUACCAUGGAAGCUGUUGUUGUACGAAGAGGGGUCGUUCUUCAGGCCUCACAAGGAUUCUGAGAAAUCGCCAGGGAUGAUAGGCACGCUCGUCAUCUCCCUUCCUUCCAGGCAUGAGGGUGGCGAGGUCCAUCUUUCUCAUUGCAACAAGCGCCACAUUUUUGCAACCUCGCACUUUUCAGAGUUUGAACUUGCAGCCCUCGCCUGGUAUUCCGAUGUCACGCACGAAAUCAGACCCAUAGCAUCCGGAUAUCGGCUUGUCAUGACCUACAACCUCGUCCAGCCGAGUGGCCCCACUCCUUCCCCCGGCCUGUUCGUAGAGCAACAAAACCAGCUGCGAGGUCUCUUGCGGCAGUGGAGGUCUGCAAUGCCCUCGAAGUCGAAAAUGAUCUUCCGAAUGGAGCACAAAUAUUCCGAGUCAUCUCUCUCACUCCAGAACAUGAAAGGGCGCGAUGCACAAAUUAUUCGAUGCCUAAAGCAAGCUUGCCAUGAAACCGGAUUCUAUCUACUCUUAGCUUUGAUGACCAUGACGGAGACCGAGCCAGACGCUUACGAAGGCGACGACGACGAGGAAACCCUCCAGCUGGACUACGUUGCGACUCUUGACGGAAGCUGUAUUACGAGAUCCGUCGAUGUCGAGUUGAGCGAGAUUCUGGGGCCUGACCCUUACAAAGACAGGGCGGCGGACAGUGAAGACGAAGGUGAUUUCACUGGCAAUGAGAGCGCACCGUCGGAAUUUCGAUAUCAUGAUUCUGCAAUUUUGAUUGUCCCUCACAAGGGCCUUGUUGACCUGGUCAAAACACCGCAGUGUUCUGUUGAAAAUUUGAUCCAGAUGGUAUGUUUCUCUCCGGCUGCUUCACCGGAAGGUCCUGCUGGUAGGAAUGAAGUGGUUGCUUUCCUCGCAAGUCUAUUGGAGAACUUCGGGCCAUCAAUCAACGAAGAAGCACGUCUACUCAACAUGAUCCUCAGAGCAUGCAGACUUUGGUCGUCUCAGUCACUCUACAACAAAGCUAUGAGGAGAGCUGUGAUGGAGGCUCAGCGCAGAACUCGAUACUAUCUAUCCCACUCGUCCUUCAUGGCCCCUCGCACAAGAUCCCCCACUGCGGAAAUAUCCGAGGCACUUUCUAAAUUUGUUAAUGAGUUUUUCUCGAAUCCCACGGGUCAAGAUUGGGACCAGUGCCUGGGAGAGUUGGUUCAAGGCCUCGAUCCCGCGUCUCUGAAUGCAGCACUCAACGCCAUCCAAGAGCGACUCAGGCCCAAGGAGCUGAAAGAAUCUUUCGAAGACUGGCGGUCUUCUGUCGAAAGCAACAAGUUUGAGACCAAAGAUUCCUUGACGGCAGUUGAUCUCCCAUUUAUUUUGGACCUGAUUCAAUCGCAUUCCAAAGACGACGAGUGGAUUGCCAAUCGACUUCUUCCAAAGCUGUCUGAACAGGCUGAAAAGCCGCUUCUCUAUGCGCUUCUUCACAAACUCUCCGCCGAAAAGGGCUUUUCUGCACUCAAGAACACAUCCUCUGUAGCAAGACGUCUGUUCGAGGCCACGUUCCCGAAGUUACAUGUUGAAAUUGGUGAUUUGGAAGACAAAUCGCAGCGAUCACCGCAAGGGUCCAGCAAUUUCGGCGGGGCCUCGGACAGGAACAACAUCACGAGCAGUGUGACUGGAUUCACGAACCUGCUUGAGAACUGUUUCAUGAACGGUGUGGGGACGAACGGCCUGAGAGACCGUGGCAUGGUGUUAUUGAGGAAAAGCCACGAGAGUCUAUCCGAGGCCUUUGGACGUUUGCCACCAAAGGGCUCCAAACGAGACAACGCCACCGGAUUGCGGCCCUGGGGCGUCCCAGUUGUGACGGAGCGGGCACCGGGCGAAGAAUUACUUGUGGAUCUUGAUUUCAUCCGCGCGCCAGAUCAGGUCAAGGGACGUUUCUCCUAUGGCAAGGAGAUUCGGCGGCAUCUCGAGUCUGUCCUCCCCAGCAUACACUACAGGUGCGCAACAGAUACGACGAGCGGCAAGGGCAACUGCCACACCCUAGUUGUGACCAAGAUCGGCAAGGAUACUGAAUACAAGGAGGAGAUGAGGGUGUAUGAAGAUAAGAUGCGACUAUAUGAGAAGAGACUCUUGAGUUUCCGUCAGCCAAUCGUGCGAAGACUUCUUGGCAACGAGACUUACCAGUCACUGAUCAUGGUUGACUCCGCGCCGUACGACGCGUCUACUACUAGUGUGCCGUCUAAGAGAAGUGCUGGUGAGAGCCAAGACCAGCCUGCAUCAACCAGGCAACGGACAGAAGAGGUCGUUGACUUGACCGAAGAAUAA